GUGCAGGUCUGCGGUGCGGGGCUGAAUCUCAAUGAGAAAGCGGCCAAUGCAAGACACGGAGAGUGAGAGAGACAGACAGACAGUGAGAGAGCGAGCAGCAGCUGCCGACCGACCAGCCAGCCUCCUCUGCGGGACAACAAAGGAGGUGCGGGGCUCACAUCACGACUCCUGUCAGCACAACUCAACAUCUGAAUCGUGACCAUUCAGAAGAAAUCUUGAAUAUUACCAACAUCUUCACCUUUAGCCCUAAUUUGACUGGACGACAUGGAGGAACAUUUUGACGAGAGGGACAAAGUGCACCGCCAUAGCCGAAGCGCGGGACGGGCGAACGGGCUGCUCAGCCCCACUCACAGCGCUCACUGCAGCCUGUACCGAACGCGCACCCUCAAAACUCUGAGCUCGGAGAAGAAGGCGAAGAAAGUGCGCUUUUACCGCAAUGGUGACAGGUACUUCAACGGCAUAGUGUAUGCCAUCUCAUCGGACCGCAUUAGAACCUUUGACGCUUUGCUGGCCGACCUGACCCGAACCCUCUCUGACAACGUCAACCUGCCCCAAGGGGUCCGAAUCAUCUACGCAAUCGAUGGUUCCAAAAAAAUCACCAGCAUAGAACAGCUGGUGGAAGGUGAGAGUUAUGUGUGUGGCUCCACCGAAGCCUUUAAAAAACUUGACUACUCCAACAACAUCAACAACCCUAACUGGUCUGUGAAUGUGAGGGCUUUGGGUUCCAGCAAGUGCCCAACAUCUCUAGCAAGCUCGAAAUCAGGACCGCAGUCCAAAGAGGGCAAAGACUUCAUCAGACCCAAACUGGUCACUGUCAUCCGCAGUGGGGUGAAGCCGCGGAAGGCAGUUCGCAUCCUGCUCAACAAGAAGACGGCCCACUCCUUUGAGCAAGUUCUCACGGACAUUACAGAUGCUAUAAAGCUCGAUUCUGGCGUUGUCAAGAGGAUCUACACCCUUGAGGGAAAACAGGUCAUGUGCCUUCAAGAUUUCUUCGGGGAGGAGGACAUCUACAUCGCAUGCGGCCCGGAGAAGUUCCGUUACCAGGAUGACUUCCUGUUGGAUGAGAGCGAGUGCCGGGUAAUGAAAUCAACGUCCUAUGGGAAGAUGGGGUCUUUAAACAGAAGCUCUCCCAGAAGCUUUGCCUUUUCCAGACGCAGCAAGUCUCCUUCUGGAUCAGUGAAUGGGACCCCAGCCAGUCAGCUGUCCACACCCCAUUCUGCAAAGUCACCAAGUCCGUCUCCCACCAGCCCGGGGAGCUUGAAGAAACGCAAGGGAUCCCAGCACAGCGGUUCCUCUGUGUCUCUGGCCUCUACCAAAGUCUGCAGUAUGGAUGAGGAGGAAGGUUCUGUGAGCGAUGCCGAGCCCUUGGAGGAGACGCCGAUACCCACAGUCCCAAGCUCCAUUUCAGAUCGGUACAAAGUCGGACGAAUGAUCGGAGACGGGAAUUUUGCGGUGGUCCAUGAAUGUGUGGAGCACUCGACUAGCAGGGCGUACGCUCUGAAGAUCAUCAACAAAGGCAAAUGCAGAGGGAAGGAGCAUAUGAUCCAGAAUGAGGUGGCUAUCCUAAGAAGAGUGAAACAUCCAAACAUUGUGCUGCUGAUUGAGGAAAUGGACACUUACAGUGAACUCUAUCUGGUCAUGGAGCUUGUAAAGGGAGGAGAUCUUUUUGAUGCCAUCACCUCCGCCAACAGAUACACUGAGCGGGACGCCAGUGGCAUGCUGUACAACCUAGCCAAUGCUAUCAAAUACUUACACAGCCUUAACAUCGUCCACAGGGACAUCAAGCCAGAGAACCUUUUGGUGUACGAGCAUCAAGACGGAAGCAAAUCGCUGAAGCUGGGAGACUUUGGCUUGGCCACCGUGGUAGACGGACCCCUGUACACUGUCUGUGGAACACCCACAUAUGUAGCACCAGAGAUUAUCGCAGAGACCGGGUAUGGCCUUAAGGUAGACAUCUGGGCCGCUGGAGUCAUCACAUAUAUUCUCCUCUGUGGCUUUCCUCCAUUUCGUGGGAGCACUGAUGAUCAAGAAGCUCUGUUUGACCAGAUACUGCUGGGACAGUUAGAAUUCCCUCUCCCGUACUGGGACAAUGUAUCCGACUCAGCCAAAGAGCUGAUCGUGUCGAUGCUGCAGGUGGAAGUGGAUCAGAGAUACACAGCGCUGCAGGUGCUGGAACACCCCUGGGUCACUAAUGACGGUCUGUCAGAGAACGAGCACCAGCUGUCAGUGGCAGGAAAGAUCAAGAAGCACUUUAACACUGGGCCCAAGGCCAGCAACAACACCCCAGGAGUGUCUGUCAUGACGCUCGACCAUGACUUUUCCAUCCAGAGAUCAGGGUCGUUGGAUUUCUAUCAGAACCCGGGCAUGUUUUGGAUAAGACCACCGCUCUUGAUAAGGAGAGGCAGAUUCUCAGACGAGGACGCCACCCGAAUGUGAGCGCAGCUCCCUGGACCACCCAGCCGACCUGUAGCCUCCACAUCCCAGCCUUUACGCCUCGUCUGUGCCCCGGUCUGCACCUCGACCCCACGUCCCCCAGUCCAUGUCCCUCUCCCAGCACCGCCACCACCAACACCACCACCACCUCCUCCACCACGCCCGAGUCUGAAGACUUUUCCGCCUGCUCCACGGAGACUGUUCGCUCCCUCUUCUCCCCUUUCUAGCGUUGAAAGGAAAGAGAGCGAGUGGAAGGGCACUAAAAGAGGAGAAGGGUUUAUGAGGAUUCGGAACGCGGCCGAGUGGACCGAUGAACUGAACUGAACCAUUUUGUAAUCUGAUCACAUAAAGGUGCAGGGAACAUGAUGACCGUCAAGAAGGGUUUCUUGUUUAUUUAUGGUCAUUAUAAUAACCUUUUCAUUUAUUUAUACAUAUUGAAAACAUAUUCUUUUUUAUUCAAGUUAAAUAAUGUCCUCUUUUUCUGUUGAAGCACCUUAGAAAUGUGAUGUUUUUAUUGGUCCAGAAGGAAACUGUAAGGACAAUGUAACUGAUUAGCUAUUGGCAUUCCUGGUAAUUAGUAUCCCGUGUUCCCAAAAACCUUUCGAAGCAGACUGAAAAGGAUUUGAAUUGCCGAUACCUGGACUUCCUUCCCUUAGUGGUUACAGUACUUGA